CCCUCAAAACUCGACCACGCUUCGCUCCAACCCCCGCCCGCCGCCAUCAUCGUCUUCUUCGUUCGCUUCUCUCUCAGGGAUCCCCCUUCGUUGCUUCAUCCUUCCGGCGAGAAUCGCCGAUAAUGGCUGAUCGGAAGAGAAAGAGAGAGCCAGCUGGUGAUGGAGCUAAGCCAGAAGAGGAAAAGGGGAGCCGUGAUAACAAGGAGAAGAAAAGGACUCUGCUUCCAUCUCUUAUCAAGAACAAGGUUAAGAGGAUGGCAGUCCACGCGAAGGUCAAGCGUGAGAAGAGAAUUGAGAAGAAGAAGAAGGCCAAGUCUCGUGCUGAUGCUCACAAGCGCGCCCUAGAGCUCGGCGAGGAGCCUCCGCCGGUGAGCAUUCCGCGCACGAUUGAGAACACGAGGGAGCCUGAUGAGACGGUCUGUAAGCCUGAUGAUGAAGAGUUGUUUGUAGGAAAUGAUGCAGAUGAAUUCAGCAAUAUAUUGAAACAAGAGCGGAUCCCGAAGAUACUGAUCACUACAUGUCGCUUCAAUUCUAGUAGAGGACCUGCUUUUAUUCAAGAACUGUUGUCAGUGAUUCCAAAUGCCCAUUACUUUAAAAGGGGAACCUAUGAACUCAAGAGGAUUGUAGAGUAUGCAAAUAAUAAAGAAUUCACUUCAAUUAUUGUCAUCCAUACUAACCGCAGAGAACCAGAUGCUCUGUUGAUUAUCAAUUUACCUGAUGGGCCUACUGCACAUUUUAAGCUCUCCAAACUUGUCCUAAGGAAGGAUAUUAAGAAUCAUGGAAAUCCUACCAGUCACAAACCUGAGUUAGUAUUAAACAAUUUCACAACACGCCUUGGUCAUCGCGUUGGGAGAUUGAUACAAUCACUUUUUCCUCAAGAUCCUUUCUUCCGCGGUCGCCGGGUGGUAACCUUCCACAACCAGCGUGAUUUCAUAUUCUUUCGUCAUCAUAGGUAUGUCUUUGAAAGCAAGGAGACGAAGGUUGACUCAAAUGAUGCAAAAACUAAAAGUGCCAAAGGCAAAAACUUGACUCAGACCAAAAUGAUUGCACGUCUUCAGGAGUGUGGUCCUCGUUUUACACUGAAGCUAAUCAGUCUCCAGCAUGGAACAUUUGAUUCGAAAGGUGGAGAGUUUGAAUGGGUGCACAAGCCGGAGAUGGAUACGAGCCGCAGAAGAUUCUUCUUAUGAUCUGGGAAAGUUAUUUUUUCAAUGGAGUUUCUCAGAGACGUUAAGCUGCAUAAGAUCUCUAGUAUUGUCUUUUGUGAUUGCAAUUUCUAGAACAGAGAAAACCAGUGCUGUGUUUGUUAAUUGAUCAACUUGUCUUCCACCUUUGUGAUUUAUGUUUUGAAUUUUUAUUUUUAUUUUUAUUUUUGUAUUCAAGUUAUAUUCUAGUGCUGAUUUUGCCUAGAAAAUUUUGUUUCUUAGAUGUAAGGCUGAGAAACAUAUAGUCCAUGAAUUUACAAUCAACUUGUUUUCCUAUUGAGGUUGUUUAAUAUGAGUUGUGUUCCACGGA